AAUACUUCCGGACAACAAAGAGGGUAUGAGCAGAAAAGUAUUGCAAGAGAAAAUUGGACGUCUGCGUGAUAACAGUGGUCUAGCACUCAGUGUACCACAUCUUGAACGCGCCCAUCUCAAUCAGCUGGCAAAUUUACUGCAGAGCUUCAGAGAUCGCAUUCCGAUCAACGAAUUGCUACCAAAACGAAUAGUUGAUCAUGUUUUUGAAGGAAGUGCAGCAGGAAAAAAGGAUGAAGCCAUCACACGCAAAAUAACAAAACGCACAGAGGAUCGACUGAAGAAAUAUGUGGUGGACCCAGACGCAACCGAUUCAAGCAGUGAUGAGGAUGAGCAAAUGCCC